AUGAAUACAGCCGCUAUUCUGUGCCUCUGUGUUAUAUUUUUCUCUGCGGUUCAGGGUUUCUCAAAAGAGCAAAGGGAAGCUACUCACAAUGAAUGCCUGGCACAGACAGGUGCAGAUGAAGAAACGGUUUUGAAGGCAAUGGAUGGAGAAUUCGCAGAUGAUCCAAAGUUUAAGUCCUAUCUGCUCUGUUUCGGCAAGAAGGAGGGAUUCCACAAUGACGCUGGAGAGCUUCAGAAGGACUUUAUGAGAGCGAAACUGUUAGAAAUGUUUGGUGAUGAUGCUACAGUUGAUGAGAUGAUGAAAUGCGCUGUGGAGAAGGCUACACCAGAGGAAACUGCUUUUGAAGGUUGCAAGUGCAUGUAUGCAUACAAAAAUAAGUUCGUUGACUACUUUUAA